AUGGAGGUCUCUUCUGGGGAUGAAGCAGAAGUGGACGUACGUUCGUCGCAUGACUUUCUAUCCAGAUAUGAGGAGAAAAGACGCAUUGAGGAGAAAAUACAAGCUCUCAUGAAAGAUUUCGAACGGAAGCGCCUCGAAGAGAAAGCUCGGAAAGCAAAUGAGGCUGCUGCAGCUGCUGCUUUGGAACACACAUUGUCAAAUGUUGUCUCAACAACUUCGGAAGUAUCAUCGGUGGCAGAAAAUCCAUCAGAACAGAAUUCUGUAAUUCGUAGCAGUGACCACUUUACCCAUCGUGGACCAUCCACUCCGAGCGAUUCUCCAAGAGAAACGCGUUCGGGGGAAAGUGAGAAAGAGGGCAUGGGCUGUGAACUUCCAUCUUCAUCAGUAGAGGUUCCCCCAGUACCAACGUAUGAAGAAAUCGAGCAGUGUAUCUACAAAGUAGAUAACAAGAAGAAGGCCAUGUCUCUUAUGUGUUUCUGUCGAGGCAACAAUCUGGACUGCUCUGACAGUAGCUGCGACAACAGAGCCAUGUUCACCGAAUGUCCGAAAAAUUGCCUGGGAAAAGGCAGAGAUUGUAGAAACAGACGGUUUGCCAAGAGAGAAUACGCCGCCGUGCAAGCCUUUUACACUGGGCCAAAUAAGGGAUUUGGUGUUCAAGCUGUAGCUCCUAUAAAGAAAGGCCAGUUCAUCAUUGAAUACGUUGGAGAGGUGGUUUCUUCCGAGGAAUUUGCAAAGCGAUUAAGGAGGUACUGCUCUAUAGUUUCGAUGUUAUUUACAUCCAAUCAUUAA